UUUAUUGAAAAUUUUGUAAUGCCAAUAAAUUUAUUAUUUUUUUAAAGCAUUGACUUGGCAGAUAGUGAAGGGAAAAAUUCCUCGACUACAAUCCAACCGAGCUCACACUGGCUCCAACUGCAUAACGGCUGGAUGGCCGGAAAAUGGCUUCCGGCAGCGGAACUCACCGGCAGUGGCCGCCCAGUUCUGCGCCCAAGCGAGAUAGAGUGCUCGAUUCUCUCCUCCGUCGACCUCGACUGCGAAGAAAACCCUAACUUCCCACUCUUUAAGUCCGGCCUCCUCAUCCUCACCACCCACCGACUCAUAUGGAUCGAUCAAUCGGCCGGCGCCGCCGCGGCCGCGUCGUCGAUCCCUCUUGCCGCCGUUACCCACGUAUUUUCCCCCAAGAAGUCCAUCAAGAGCAUGUUUUCCAGCCCUAGAGUCCGCCUCCAGGUGUCGGCGACGCCGGAGGGGCGGGUUGAAGAGAGAGGAUCGAGAUCGACGGUGAUCACGCUCGCAAUUAGGGGGAAGAUGGACCUCGAUUUGUUCUUGCACAAGCUCUGGGAGGCGUGGCGGGGAAGGGCUUGGGAGAGCGCGAGUGGAAUCGGGAGCAGUGGAUCGACGGCGGAUGGAUCGAGUAGUGGUGGGAUUAGGUUGCCGGUGGUCGGGGUUUCAGGGAUACUGAGGAAGGAGCAGGAGAUGUGGGAGAGUACCGAUAAGAAUUUACAGGACGCCUUUCAGGACUUGAAUGCUCUCAUGAGUAAGGCUAAAGAGAUGGUGAUGCUAGCAGAGAAAAUGAGGCUUAAACUCUUAUCAGGCUCGAAUAACCAAGCCAGUGCAACAAACGAUGAGGAGAUGGGUUCAAAUCAAGAGAUGCAAGAUUGGUUAUUGAGUGUUGGUAUUGCAUCCCCUGUCACAAAAGAGUCAGCUGGUGCUUUAUAUCACCAACAGUUGUCCCGUCAGUUGGCAGAUUUCAUCAAAAUUCCUCUAGAGAGAGCUGGAGGGAUGAUUAAUCUUAUCGAUGUUUAUUGUCUUUUCAAUCGUGCCCGAGGCACAGAGUUAAUCUCGCCAGAAGAUUUGUUGCGAGCAUGUUCUAUUUGGGAAAAGUUUGAUGUUCCAGUAAUGCUUCGGAAGUUUGAUAGUGGAGUCAUGGUCAUCCAGAAUAAGUCCCAUAGUGACAAUGAGGUUUUUGCUAGAAUAAAAUCCCUUGUGCUAAAGCCUGAUGCCCUCCAAAAGGGUGUAAGUGCAAGUGAUGCUGCAAUGACACUAGGGAUUGCUCCAGCUAUGGCCAAGGAGCAUCUUUUAAGUGCUGAGAGCAAAGGUUUACUAUGCAGAGAUAUAAGCCCUGAUGGCUUCCGAUUUUACAUUAAUAUGUUUCAUGAAAUUGACACAGAGGAUUUAUAUUUAAUUAAAGAUCACGGGAUGUAUGCGACUUGGGUCAACACUGCCCUUGCUGGUAGUUGCAGAUGAGGGCAUAUGUUUGAGACUCCAGCACCACUUACAAUUUUACAAUGCCAAACUCUGAUCUGGAAGGAUUUCCUUCAUGAAAUAUGUUCGAUUCUAGCUCUUGGUUUUCCAAUCUGUGCAUGUUUCCACCCUAACAUACCACUUCCCCUGCGAGAGCUAUUAGGCUUCCUUGAUCGUCUGUGCAUGUUUCCACCCUAACACACCACACCACACCACACCACCCUGUGAGGGAGAGCAUGCAAAAUAAUGAAAAUUUGGAGGAGGCUGCAAGAGAUUGUAGUGCGCUUUUCCUGUAUUGUUUAUUAUUUGUGUACUCCAGUUGUUUACAUGUAUGAAAUAAGCAAGCAGACAUUUUGCUUGUUUCAAGUUUUGCGCCUGUGUAAUUAUAGUAUCCUAUGAUAUUGUUAUAAAACCAAAUAUUUCGCAUUCCAUAAUAUUAAACUAUGUUCUGUUCA